GUGUGCUUUGUGGUAAACGGUCUCUCGCGGGAUUGAGUAAUGAAAUCUGUCUACUCUUAUCGAUGUCGGGUGUUCUUGCUGCUAUGGGUAUGUGGCCUGCAUUUAUUCCUCCAUGGACACAUACGUGUGUCCGCAUGCACCGAGAAAAUCUGUAUGACCAUCCCUUCAUGAGGAAUGUUACUGAUGGUCUCCACCUAUGUCUUUUGUUCUCGGACCACAGCUUCAACUGGAUAUGUGCUUGAUCACACGCUAUGCUCUAAGUCAAGAUAACAUCGCACCACUCGUGAUAUGUUUUCCGUUCGCGUCUGCACACUCAUGCGUCUAGACUUGUGAACUGAAUUGCUUGAGCAUCACCAUCCUUGGCGACAGCAACGGCGGACUGCUGCAAGACAAAACAAGUGCGCCUUGUUCAUCUGUUUAGGCCCGAAUUAUACUGAUGUCUCGGAUGCGGGCCCCGAAAGACAAAUGCACGCUCGUGUUUGUGACGACCACUUUGUAUUCAUCUCGACAGUCUUAUUGUUUGCUGGCUGCCCAAUCCGGGCCUGCUGCAACUACGACCAUCAUGGACCCACAACGACAGGAUUUAUAGGCAGCACUGAAGGGACAAUGUCCACAUCAUAUCCACCCGCGCAAGCUCAUCCCCUGCUCGUUGAUCGACGCAGCUGGUUCAUCCUUGGUGCUUACGCUUAAUCAGGUCCUGUCCAUUCCUACGCUACGGUCCACCACGAUGACUACUCAUGAUCCAAUCAAGCACAUCAUCAGCCCCUUGCUCAUUGACGCCUUUGCGCCUUUUUCCUCUAACGAGUUCCUCCGACCACCUUCCACGUCCAGCACGUCCAGCUCGGAGACCCUCUGCGAUGCUCAGCCACUCACUGGAAUUCUUCUCAUAUUUCCCGAGAAAGGAAAGAUUGUUUCCGAUGAACUCUGUCGUGACCCUGCACAGCCUUCCACGCUUCCCUCUCCCCAUUCAGGCUGUACGAGCGGAAGCAGUGCACACAACUUCGAGAAUGGCAGAGAGCACUUGCUUGAAAUGGAUGUACUGCCUGAGCUCUCCUUGGGUCUCACGUCAGCUGUCAGUAACUGUACGAGCUUGACAGACAUUCCCCUCUCUCCUCUUUACAUGCCUCCCUUACCAUCCUUCCCUUGCUCAAUGAAUUACUCUACCGAUGACUCGUUCACUCUGAUGACCUACCCUUCGGAAGACCACUACUGGUCCUCCAACAUCCAAGUGUACUCAGCGCGUGGCGAUGACUUCACCAUGUCGGACAAAAGUCAAGCGCAAUUACCAAUCACUGAUGCAACGGGUGCUCCUCAAUUCGUCGUGAUCCCACACUUAUCUGCGCCACAACCUAAGCCUGCUACAGCUGGUGGCUUGCCCUUCUUGUACGCACCACCAGCUACAGCCUUAGGUUUGGUGAGUGAAAAAUCUCGCCUGGUCGCUCAAUUGGAAAGGCGGGCUCGUGAGAGGGAGGGCACGACCACGGCGCCCUCAACUCAUGCCCGACCUUCACCCCUGGAUCAUCGUCAAGACUUGCCAUCAGCUUCUAAGCGUCCAUCUUACGCUGCUAGUCCACUGUCUCGACCCUCUGAAUAUGCGCUUUUGCGAACUCCCCUAUUUCCUACGGCUGCUCCCUUCAACGGAUCUGCAUUGGCUGAUCUUCUGCGAGAUGAUACGAGGAGCGGACAGGCUACUGGUCGUAUAGAUUCUCUAUCGGUUACAUCUCCUGCUUUCAGCGUUCUUGGUUAUGCCAAGGUCGAUGCAUCAAAAGCAUCUUCAUUUCCUACACCUGGAUGUCCGCGUCAAGCUUGUGCCGAUCUCCCAGAGAUCUCUGACACCAUCCCUUUUGGAGACUACAACCCAUGGCCCGUUGCCAACACACCAGUCACUUCUGUCCCUUAUAAUGACGCUUCUUCCGCUCAGGUGCACUGGGCAACAGUGUUCCCGCCAACUCGGCCUUCGCGAGUCCAAGCGAACCAAGAAGAAGCAGACCACCCGAGGAACACUAGCAGACUAACCAAGGGAGGCAGCUUUUCCGAGGAACAUCUUCAAGACUUGGAUGGUGAUAUGGCUCAGGCAUUACGGGAUGUGUUGUCGCAGUUACAGAAAUGUGCCAAUAUCACAUUUCCUGUCCAACGUCGCGUUAUGUCCUGUAUGCCGCUGAAUUACGAUUCCGCUCUCCUUUGCAGAGGGCUAAAUGGUGUACUCUUUCACCUUCGCUCUGUGCUGCUGGAAGGUGUCCCAUUUCUGGUGCGGCUUCCGGACGACGAACGAUCUUGGAAAUGGUUGCGUCACUAUAGAUCUGUGAUCUCAUCUUUGCAAAGGAAUAUCGUAAACUAUCUUCACCUGGCUUUGCUCAUAUCUCAAGGUUCUAUUGGGUCUCGGAACAUCGACCGCAUACUUGACAAGCUAGGACAAUACGACACAAAGUUUCAAGACAUUUCAAGCCGCUUGAUGAAACUCCAUAAUGUUGGUGAAAUCUUAAUCAUGCGCUCUCGUCUUGAAGCAUCGCGGCUUGCGACUCAGCGUGCUUUGGAUGCUGAACGAGGACGCCGGAAUGCUUACGCGGCCCUGCGGAAACAGGAUAAAGCAUACAGACACGAACUAAGGGAACAAAUUCGUUCCAGGAAGCGGGCAAUCCGGUCUCGAACGAGGAGCUCAUAGUAGCAACUCGUUGCUCGGGUUCUUCUGCGCAAACGUAUAUUUCGUGAUACCCUCCCUCAGUCGUAGGAACAAUUUAUGACCUGUCAUGACCCUAUGCAUAGUUUCCAAUGUACCAUAUCAUUUCUUAGUCUUGUCAUCGUAAUCCAUUCCUUGUGCAUAUAGUGGGCUUCGUGGGUGUUCCUGUAAUUGUCUUCUCCUUAAUGAUCAUUCGUGUUCAAGAUGUC